AUGGCCGCUGAACAAGAUGUUGAAGUGGAAGAUGAUUUGGCCAAAGCACAAAAACGCUUGCGAGAGUUAAAAGGUCGAAUUUCGGCUCAAUCGAAAAAGAAUUUUGUUCUGGAACGAGAUGUUAGAUAUUUGGAUUCUCGCAUUGCAUUGCUGAUUCAAAAUCGAAUGGCGUUGGAUGAAAAACAAGAGGUUGAAAGUCAUCUCGAGGAUAUGGAGGCCGAAGGUGGAACGUUUCCUGAUGAUCGUAAAUUGCAGCAAUAUGGAAAUUUAUUCUUCCUCCUACAAACAGAGCCACGCUAUAUCGCAAAUUUAUGUCGCCUGAUCAGUUUGACAGAAAUCGAUACUUUAUUACAAACAGUCAUGUUCACACUGUAUGGUAAUCAAUAUGAGAGCAGAGAGGAGCAUUUAUUGUUGACAAUGUUCCAGGUGAGAAUAAAUAUUCGGGUUGGAGGUGACGAAGACAUUCUGGAGGCAAACACGCCAGUCUCGAGAAUGAUGACAACAUAUACGCGUCGUGGACCUGGUCAAAGUUAUUUAAAGUUAGUACUAUCGGAACGAAUCAACAGUUUGAUGGAACACAAGGAUUUAAAUCUCGAAAUCAAUCCAUCGACAGUAUAUGAACAAUGGAUAAAAACCAAGGAAGAGGAAGACACACUAACAGACGACAUUCCGCGUCGCGUAACACCAGAAGUUGCUGCCAAAAACGAGGCUGUUCAGGCAAUUAUAGCACCUCGUAUAACAAUGUUAAUGGAAAUUGCAAAUUCUUUUCUCCAAACUAUAAUUGACUCGAUCGAACAAACGCCGUAUGGUAUACGAUGGAUCUGUAAACAGAUUCGAUCAUUGACGAAACGAAAGUAUCCGGAUCGUAGUGAAUAUGCUGUUUGUUCAUUGAUCGGAGGAUUCUUCUUCUUGCGGUUUAUAAAUUCGGCUAUUGUUACACCCCAAGCAUAUAUGUUGGUAGAAGGAUCGCCGAGUAAGCAUCCACGACGGACAUUGACACUGAUCGCCAAAAUGAUACAAAAUCUUGCAAACAAACCGUCUUAUAAGAAAGAAGAAUAUAUGAAAAUGCUUGACCCAUUUGUGGAGGAUAACAAACAAAGAAUUAAUAGAUUUUUGUUGGAUUUAUGUGAGGUGGGAGAUUUUUAUGAGAGUUUAGAGAUGGAUCAGUACAUGGCACUUUCGAAAAAGGAUUUGCUUCUCCACAUCACAUUGAAUGAAGUAUACAACACGCAUGCUCUGCUUGUUCAACACCAAGAAGCCUUGGCACCUUCGGAAAAAAACCAUUUGCGUAUACUUUUAGAUGAAGUGGGUCCAGCUCCUUCGCAAGUUCCGAGGAAGGAGAACAAGACCAUCGAACUUCCGUUGUUUAGCAGAUGGGAGACCCCUAUACAAGACCUCGCCACGGCACUUAUGUCCGACAACAGUGUGACGCAAAAUGAUAUCUUAUAUAUGGAAACGAAAUCUAUAUUUGUACAGAUUAUCCGAUCCAUCCCAAAAAUGGCCGAGAAACGAACAAUCGAUCUCUACCGAAUUGCGGAAUUUGCGGCAACCUCAAAAGAUGCCACUUUGGUUCGUAAGGGCAUCAAAGUAAAGGAUAUGCUUCGAGAACUUGAAGAAGCCGGGGUUGUAGACCGUAAAGAUGGAUACCGGCUUAUGAAGGAAGAAGUUACUCAGGAAUUAACUCAUCUCGGAAACCUCCGAGAAAAAGUUCAAGAAGAAAUUCGAUCCCUUGAAGCAGUAUAUAAAACUAUAUGUGAUCACAAUAAUUAUCUGAGAAGCCAGUUGGACAGUUACAAAGCCUAUUUGCAAAAUGUACGACAACAGACUUCAAAAGAUUCAGUUGGUGGACCCGGUUCAAGUGUGAUCAAAGUGGGAGAUAAAGACAAGAAACCCACAAAGAGAAAGAUAUUAGGGCCAUAUAAAUUUACUCAUGCUCAAUUGGAGAGGGACGGUGUUAUCGUGGAAAGCAAUGUUCCCGAAAAUCGGAGGCCAAACAUUUACUUUAAUAUUACAUCACCGAUUCCGGGAACGUUCAUCAUUGCGCUUCAUUACAAGGGACGUGAUGCCGCCAUCCUGGAGAUGGAUCUCAAAUUGGACGAUUUAUUAGAGAAGCAACAAGACAAUGUUGUAUCACUGGAUCUUGAAUACGUACAGCUGAACGUGAACAAGAUUCUAUCUCUGCUGAAUAAGACAUUUGCUAAAAGAAAGACGUAG